UGACUUAACCGCGUCUAUUUUUUCUCCUUCUUAGCUUCUUGACUUAACCGCGUCCCACAGGCCACGUAUAUAUACAGUUCCCAAUUUUAAACGCUUAAUUUAGCCCAUUGUUUCUCUUUGUUGUUCUCUCUCUCGAUUAACCAUGGAAGCUAAGAUCAACAAUUUCUUCGAAUCGGUUGGAAAUUUCUUCUCCGGCGGUGAUCAGAUUCCGUGGUGCGAUUCUGACAUUGUCUCCGGUUGUGAACGUGAGGUUGCUGAGGCUAAUAAAGGUUCUUCUGAAGAACUCAAAAGUGAAUGUAUUAUGCGUUUAUCCUGGUCUCUUAUUCAUUCAAAACGGCCAGAAGAUGUUCAGCGUGGUAUAGCAAUGCUUGAAGCAUCUGUGAGUGGAAGCAGCAGUCCUCUUCAAAUGAGGGAAAAACUAUAUCUUCUGUCUGUCGGGUACUACAGAAGUGGGGACUACUCAAGAAGCAGACAGCUUGUGGAUAGUUGCUUGGAGAUUGCACCAGAUUGGAGGCAGGCAUUGGCUCUCAAGAAGACGAUUGAGGACAAAAUCACAAAAGAUGGAGUGAUUGGCAUCGGCAUUGCUGCCACCGCUGUUGGACUUUUGGCCGGUGGAAUUGCAGCUGCUUUUGCUCGCAAAUGAUUGAACUACUACCAUUUCUGUACUGAGAAAUGUACAUAACAAACCCCAUAUUUUGUAAGACUCAGAAACUCAUCACCCUGUGACCAUUCAGUUUUUUAUCUUUACUUUUCGCAACUUGUAUCCAAACUGGUAGAAUUGCAUAAAAAUGUACUAGAGCCGCUUUCUUACUUAUUGAUUGUUACUCCCCUGUCCUUGAACAAUCUUCAAGUUUUGAUUUGGCUUCAGAAGUGUGAUUGAAAAUAAAAUGUCUUAAAGGAUGAUCUGAAAUCA